AAACUCUCCCCACACGACUCAAUUUCCGCUUGACAUUUUCUACCUUCACCUUGCGCCGCGACAAACCUAGCAUACGACUGGUUCAACGAUCUACCGAUUCAUCGAGCCAUUACGGAUCUUCGCGCAUUUAUUUUUUAAGCUACAACUUGCUGCCCACGGUCGGCGCUAUCCUCGACUCUCGUCUUAUCCUUGACUCGCCUUCACGCGACAGUACUAUUAAUCAUGGGCAAAUUGACAAGCACGAUCGGCAUUCCGAUCAAAUUGCUGAAUGAAGCACAGGGUCAUGUCGUUACACUAGAGAUUACGUCGGGGCAGGUAUAUCGAGGGAAACUACUUGAAGCCGAAGACAACAUGAACGUCCAACUCAAAGACAUCACAGUGACCGCGCGCGACGGCCGAGUGUCGCAUCUCGAUCAAGUCUACAUCCGCGGUAGCCACGUGCGAUUCUUCAUUGUUCCUGAUAUGUUGCGAAACGCCCCUAUGUUCCGUUCCCGCAGCCAACGUGGUAAAGGUGUCGGUCUUGCUCGCGGUAAAGCUACAGUUAACAGAGCUCGUGGACAACGACGGGGAUAGGAAUUUGCUCUCUACGUUGCAUGCUGUUUUUCGUGUUAUGGAAUAUGUAAUUUCUUUCUGCAAAUCGAAUUCUGUCGGAGACUUUUUCUCUUCCUCGUCCGCUUCUCUGGGCUGGUGAUUGUUCAGCUAUGAGGGUGAUUCCACGCGUCCAUAUAUUUCGGCUACGAAAUGGUAUCGGCCAUGAAAUGGCGUUUUCGAAUAUAGAUCAGUCUUGUCGGUAUGGAUUGUUGUCUUUCUUUCUUGUCUAUUAAGGAAUAAAAAGCUGCUGAAUUCGUUCUUCAAAUACACAAAGACUACGUAAAAGAAUAUAAGGACUCAAACUAGUUAAUAAGAUAUUGAAAA